UCGUCAGAAGCGUAUGCCAAUCAAUUGCGAACCAUGUCGCAUACGGAAGAUUCGAUGUNNUUUUCGUGAUGGCGUUCCUUGCGGAACUUGCAAAAGACGCGGAGUCUUAGCAGCGAGCUGCGUAUUUGCUUCACAACCAUUACGCGACCCGUCUCGACCCGAUUUAGAGGCGAACAUGCCUCUCUCACCAAUUUCUACAAGCAGGUCUCCAAGACGGGUACCAGACGAAGACCUCGUUGCCCGAAUCGCACGGAUCGAGAGGUUGUUGGCAAACCAGCAGCGAGAAGUUCACAACUCUACGGCUGAGCCAUCUUUGCCUGGCGAUGGACGCUCGCCCGACCCUGCCACGACUGGAGUUCCAUCUGGUGGCCAUGGUGCUUUGCAGGUGUCGGCGUCUGGUCACGUUCGAUUCGUUCCCUCGUGGCCCACUUCAGAACCAGACGACGAGAUUUGUCCUGACAAUUUUCAGAAUCUUGUGUCUCCAUUUGGGAUGCAGUACACGACGUCUGGCCUAGGAUUACCUGACAUGCUGGCGAUGUUACCACCUUCCACUCUGUGUGCUCGUCUGAAGGAUAUUUAUUUUGAGUCUUUUUCNCCCUUGUUUCACGUCUUGCAUGAUCCAACUUUCCAUCAGCAAUACCUAAAGUUCGAGCAAGACCCAGAGGCGGUAUCUCUAGCAUGGCUUGCACUACUAUUUGCCAUCAUCAGCACCGCUUUGGGUGCCUGCGAUGCAAGCAGUACAUUUCUGAACGAUUUGAGUUGGCGGCCAACAGUGUCUGCAAAAAUCCGCGAUCUUUCUGAAAGGUACAGGGCGAGCGCUAUGCGGUGCCUUGAAAUGGACAAUUAUCUCUGGCGCCACAAUAUCACAACCUUGCAGGCUUUGAUCAUUCUAAUAUACGGUAUAAACCAUAGCCAUGGCCAAUCCUGGACACUGCUUGGCUCCACAUACCACAUGGCUCUCUCGCUUGGUUGUCACAUAGAUCCAUCGAAUUUCAAACUCAAUCUGGUUGAAUGUGAGGAGCGACGUAGGUGCUGGGCUUGCGUUAUGAUGCUCUGUACACUACAGAAUACAUCCAUGCGAAACUUGGCACCUCACUACAACAGCUCACACUACUCCGUAAGAAUGCCAGCAGAUGUCAAUGAUUUCGAUCUGACGCCAGAAUCGACAACACUACCUAUUCACACUGGACGCGCAACUCAAAUGUCCUAUCUGCUUCUCAAAUUCCGUCUUGACGACAUAGGAAGCAAAAUCUGCUCGCAAGUGCUGAACGCUAUCACCAUCAAUGCAAAAGUCAUCGCCGACCUUGAUAAAGCUCUGACACAUGAGCGAGAUCUCUGGAGCUCUGUAUACACCUAUCACUCUCGCCAAGAUGAAUUGCCUUUGUAUCACAGGAUACAUCUCAAAAUCUUGCAUAGUUUUUCCCACCAGCUUGCUUUAUUGCUACAUCGACGCGUCCUCAUGCAGGGUUCUACGGACCAUCCCCAGCAGCACACUGCACGAUCCAGGAGCAUAGAGAGCGCCCGAGCUUUGCUAGAAAUCCACUCAUGCUUGCACGAUCAGCCCGAGUUUGGACCCUUUCAGUGGUACAACCGAGGCUUAGGAUGCUUUCACACUUUUCACGCCGCAGUGGUAUUGGUUGCUAUAAUAUCCGAGUCCAGUGAGGCAGAUUCAGACUUGCCGGACAGCAUACGUUUACUUCAAGAAUGUGUCGAACGCUUUGAGAGUUUAGCAAGUUUGAGUUUGGUGUGUCAGCGUGCCGCACCAAUACUUCGUCGACUGCUUACCGGAAUAGGACUUGCAUUGAACAUCGACCACGCAGACGAAGUUUCGCAGAUGCAGAUUGACAUUGUGACUGAUGCGUUCAUCCAGAAUAGGAAUGCAAUGUCGAAUGAUGAGCUGGGCAACCUCGACCAGAUUUUCGAUCAUCUGGAUCCUCAACAAUGGUUAACACCAUCCGCAGUGGAUUGGGGACACUGGGAUAUGACUUCGCUUGGUACUCAGAGAUCU